AUGAUUCGACAGGCAGAUAGCUCGUCUGCAGAGGGUGAAAGCAGCGCUCCUGCUGCGCACGCUUCGCAUGCUAGUCAGUCCUCGAAUCGCCCUGUCGUGCCCAUCGUGUCGCAGCCUAUAAGCAAGCCCAUCGAACUACCGCCACAAUACCGUCCGAGGAAGCCACGAAAACAAGUCAACGUCGCUUGUCAGCCUUCGCCAUGCUCUCGAUGUGUGGCAGAAGGCAACGAAUGCAUCUUUGACGGACGAAAAGAUGCACAAGAACGCAACAGGGAGCUUCGAAAUAGCGAAAAGGCACUGUCGAAAGUGUUUCGCGUGCUGAAGAAACUCGAGGCCGGCGACUCGUCUUCGAAUGCCGCAUUCGCUCAGAUCAGACAACUGGCAGAAAACAACAGCGAGUUUUCUUCGUUCGCGCGGUCAAUUCUCAACAACGCACGUUCUUAUUCUGGACAGGCGAAUAUAGGCUUGAACUCCGACUUUGGCAAUCUACCAUUUUCGAGUGCCAUCAAGGCGAAUGGCUACCCUGCACACAUUCAACAUCAACAACUACAAAAUCUCAGCACCUCUGCGGAGUAUAGCAUGCUACCACUUCAUUCGUUCGAACAAGAAGCACUUGGCAGAGCAUACCUGAGUUUCAGGGACGCGACGCUGCAGAUGAUCGUUGAUGGACUGCCCGCCCGAGACGUUCUUGGGCCACCAGACUAUAUAAACCUGGAUCUUUACUUCCGUGAGCGGUUGCCUACAGAUGGACACUCAGUCAGUACGUUUGUUUGCGAGAUCAUGAAAAGUCUUGCGAAUCCAGAUAUGUACGCAAAGUUGGCUACCAUGGUUUUGUUAGCGCCAUUGAUGAGAAACACUAUCGAAGGAUACCAGCACUCAUGCGACCCUUACCCAGUCAGAGAUUCAUACCACACAGCCCAGCUCUCGACCUUGCACCUCACAAUCCGUGGUGUGCUAAUGACAGCCUUCAACGAAGAAUGGCUUACGCCAGAAAACCAAAUCACGGCAGCCCCAGUAAUAAACUGGCCUUACGAGCUAGAUAAAGCAGUCUACCACGACAAAGUCGCUGGUUGUCUGCGCUUCACAAAACAUUUCGAAGAUCACGUGUGUGAUCCAAACAAUUGGACGUUCUCAAAACGCGUGCUUGAGGUCUUCCCGAGCAUACAAGAUCAUGGUGCCAUCAUCAAACCCAGACCUGGCGAAGACUGA